CGUAAGCGGCGCGCGAUCACCGCAGUCGGGCCUGGAUGUUGGAAGGAGCGACUCGGACUAACAAAAUUUCAUCAAAAUUUUCACCGGACACCACAGUGCCUUCAACCACAAUCAUAUUCAUCACCUUGACAUUUGACCUUUGACCUCACACUCUCACAACCAACUUCCACCAUGCCCAACGUUGAUGCAGCUUUCUCUGGGGUGGGCAAGAAGGAAGGGCUCAAGAUCUGGCGGAUCGAGCAGCUCAAGGUCGUUGCCAUUCCGCCUGAAACUUAUGGGCAAUUCCACAAGGGCGACUCUUACAUCUGUCUCAAGACUACCAAGAAAGGAAAUGGCUUCAGUUGGAACAUUCAUUUCUGGCUGGGAUCUGAAACAUCACAGGAUGAGGCAGGAGUUGCAGCCUACAAGACGGUGGAGUUAGACGACUAUUUGGGCGGUGGCCCUGUACAGCACAGAGAAGUAGAACAAACGGAAUCAUCAGAAUUCAUGUCAUAUUUUCCCAAGGGAAUCAAGUAUCUGGAGGGUGGAGUUAAGUCGGGCUUCAAGAAAGUGGACAAGGACAAGUUCACCAAGAAGAUGUACAUCGUCAAAGGAAAACGUAACAUCAGGGUCAAUCAGGUGCCUUGUACGUGGGAGAGUCUUAACAAUGGAGAUGUUUUCAUCUUUGACCUUGGAAAUCAUAUCAUCGUUUGGAAUGGUCCGCAGUCCAGCAGAACAGAACGCAUGACGGGAACGCAAACUGCCAAAGGUAUACGAGAUGAUGAGAAGGGGGGCAAGGCCAAGGUUCUCUUUGUGGACAAUGAUAAAUUUGAUCCCGAGACGCUGAAGGUCUGUGAAGCAAAGAACGCCCUCGGUCCCCGUGGUGGAGUGAAGCCUCAGGCCGCCAAGGACGAUGACGAGAGAUUCUCUCGGAAGCAAGCUUCGCAGACCAGGCUCUACAAGGUUUCUGAUGAGAGCGGUUCUCUGGUUGUGACUGAAAUCUGCAGUGCUCCACUUGAACAGAACAUGCUCAAUAGCAAGGACUGCUUCAUCGUUGACCAGGGGCAUUGUGGAAUAUUUGUAUGGAAAGGGAAGGGCUCCACCAAACAAGAAAGAAAGAGUGCCUUCAGCAAUGCUCAGGGUUUCAUCAAGGCCAAGCAGUACCCAGAGAAGACACCUGUUACAGUCAUCAAUGAAAACAGUGAGACCACAGCAUUCAAGGCCAUCUUCAAAGGAUGGAAGGAUCCUGGAGACACAAAGGGUCUAGGAAAGACUCACACCACUGGUAACAUAGCUCAUGUAAAGAAGGAAAAGUUUGAUGCCAGCUCUCUCCAUAAGAUCAAGACCUCUGACAUCGACUCCAACCCCAAUAUGGCUUCCAGAACUGGCAUGUAUGAUGAUGGAUCUGGUAAAAUUGAGGUUUAUAGGAUAGAGAACUUUGAGCCUAAGGUUCAAGACAAAGAACUACAUGGCCAAUUCUUCGGAGGAGACUCGUACAUAGUCAAGUAUACUUACAAGCAGGGCGGUAGGGAGAGAUACCUCCUUUACUACUGGCUGGGUCUGACUUCAUCCCAGGAUGAGCAAGGAGCAGCAGCCCUUCACACUACUCAAAUGGAUGAUAAACUCAAUGGAGCUGCUGUACAAAUCCGAGUCGUUCAGGGCAAAGAACCCCAACACUUCCUCCAACUUUUCAAAGGCAAGAUGAUCAUCCAUCUGGGCGGUUGCGAGAGUGGAUUUAAGCACGUCGACGAGGAGGAAGCGGGGAAAUCCAGUGGGUUCAAGAACCAGCAGGGGGAGGAUAAGAAGGCCAACAAAGUGAGAAUGUACCAAGUGAAAGGAACAAAUGAAUACAAUACAAGGGCUGUAGAGGUUGAAUCCUCGGCCAAGUCACUCAACUCUAACGAUAUCUUUGUUGUCAAAGGACCCAAAACGCUCUACAUCUGGGCAGGCAAGGGUGGCAGUGGAGAUGAAAGAGAACUAGGUAAAAAGGUGGCCAGCACUCUGCAACCAAAGUGUCCAUACUCCCUUAUAGCUGAAGGAAAGGAGACGGCAGAAUUCUGGGAGGCCAUUGGAGGAAAGCAGGAAUAUGCAUCAAGUCCACGUCUCCAGGAGGAAGCACCAUCUCAACCUCCUAGGCUGUUCCAAUGUUCCAAUGCAACAGGUAACUUCAGGGUGGAGGAGAUUAGCAAUUUCACACAGCAAGAUCUAAUAGUGGAUGAUGUCAUGCUCUUAGACGCUUACAAUGAAAUAUAUGUCUGGGUUGGUGCUGGUGCAAAUGCAGAAGAAAAGAAACAAGUCCUGGUAACAGCAAAGGAAUACCUUGCGACGGAUCCUAGUGGUCGUGACUUUGAUAACACACAACUCAUCCAGGUCAAGCAGGGCUUUGAACCAGUGACCUUCACUGGUUGGUUCAUGGCAUGGGAUAACAAAUACUUCCAGAGUAUGCAAACGGAAGAUCAGAUGAGACAAGAGCUUGCCAAACAGAACGCUGCUGUCGUUAUUGACUUGAAAAAAGUCAAGAAAGCGGCUGAAGAACAAGAAGACAGUUUUGAGAACUGUCCCAAGUACUCCCUCGAUCAACUAAAGGCCAAGGAACUUCCAGAAGGAGUCAAUGCCAGCAAGAAAGAAAAAUACUUGUCAAAGGAAGAUUUUGAGAAGCUCUUUGGUAUGCCUUAUGAGAAAUACGCCACGAUUCCAAAGUGGAAACAGGACAAUCUGAAAAAGAAAGCCGGCGUGUAUUAAUCAACAGUGUCCUAGCAACAUUCAGUGUAUAUUUAGAUUACAUGUAUGUUUUUUUUUCUUACACUGUAUCUAUAGGCAAGAUGAAAUCUUAUAAUAUAUAUGAAGUGUGAGUUGAAUCCUCAAUCCCACCUUCCAGUCGAGGUGUGCCUGGACAAGAUGCAAUGAGGUUUUUUGAGGGUUAGGGGGUUUGUGUAACUCCAUCGCAUGGGUAUAUAGAGAUGUUUGAGGCUCUUGUAAAAAUGUUUUUUUGUUGUAUCCUUACGCCCACCUUUUUGUUGUGCUUUCGCUGUUCAGUGUAGAAGGUAGCGAUCUAGCUUAGCUGAUGCUCUUCACACCUUUAGAGUUAUGUUUCAGUAAGAUAAUUAAUGGUACCAAUGUGGGGUACUAAAUCAUUAAUGGACCAGACUUUAAAAAAUGUAUUUAGUGUAAAUCGUGGAUAUGUUUAGAAUUUACACAGAAACAGAACCUCAAAAUAUCAAAUGUGAAUUUCACAUGAGCGAUAUGAGAGUUAAUAUAAGAGUGAUACUUCCCUUUUACAGAAAAAAAUAAAUUACUCGGAUAUUCAAGGAAAACAAUUCUACUUAAUACUCUUGUCCAGUCUUUCAUAUCAGUCCUUCCGUAUGAAACCACCUAAAAACCUGAUAGUAAUGCAUAGUUAGUUUUGCAUUAUGUUAUGAAAUAUAAUUUAUUUGCUGCAACAAUUGUGUGGUCCUAACGAGGCAUAUAUAUAGUUUGCUCUGAGUAUAAAAUACUGCUAAGGUUGCUGUUAGAUAAUUACAAUAUUUCAUUUCAGUUUCCUACCUUAUUGUGUGACUGUGCUGUGUAUAUUUCAGUUUCGUAUUUUUCAUAUAUUUUUCUGUCUUUAUUUGUCUUGUCAUUCAUCAUACUAAAUGUAUUGCCAUGGCAACCAAGUUAUCAAAUAGUAAACAGUAAAUGAACAGAUUUCAUGGAGUAAAAUUUUUAACUACACAUGCAUGUUAUUUCACAUGGGUUCUGUGAUCAUAAAUAUGUAUAAGUGCAUGUUUUGAUGUCAACAGGUGAUGUAAUUGGAAACAGAAAUCACCUGUUCACAACUUAAUAAGUGGAUCAACUUUUGAUAAAAGAUAUUCAAUAUGAGAUGUUAUAUUGGGUCUUUCAUGUGAUAAUUCAACCCAAAGUGCUUUAUCAAUUUUAUAUUUAUAUUAAUGCCAUUUAUAAACGAAAAUAAAAUUAUUCAAUAAUGUCACAGACUUAUAACAAAGUAUACAAAUGAAUUUUAAAAGAGAGAAGUUUAUAUUUAUAUAUUUUCACUUCAUACCUUGGCAAACAGUGGCUAUCAAAGUUAUUUACAAAUCAUGUUUAUAAUACAAUCAAACUUUUUUUAAACAAUCAUUUAUAUCAUGUAUAACAAUCAUCUAUAAAAUUUUAAUCUUUUUAUGAUAUUUGUAAUCUAUCUGUCGACUGAAAUUUCCAUUUCUGUUCCCAUUGGUGUAUUAAACUGGCUUCUGUGGAGAGCAAGCCACUUGGUUUUUUUUUAUAGAAUAGCAGUAGUACCUUUUACUGGCACUCACAUUGUUCACAUUGUAAUAGUCAAUGAAUACCAUCUGAAGAACUACUACUGCUAUCUCUCUUUAAUGUAAGAGGAAGGAGGGGAUGUAGGGAUGUGCACCACAUGUUUGACAAUAUUUGCACCAGUGAGAACAGACUCUGUCUACUUCUUCAAAUCUCUGACAUCUUUCAUAUUUUUACUUCCUGAAUGUGUUUUUUAAAUCAAAUGUAAACUAUUUUCAGGAUUUUUUUAAUGUGAUGUUAUUAUUAUUACUUGAAAUUGUCUUUAUAUUCUAUAUUCUGAAAAUAGCUGUUUUCAGCAUUAUGAAAGAUUGAAAACAAAACCACAUUUAUUAAAUCAAUGAUCUGUUUGAAAGAAAAGGUGAAUUUAUUAUUUGGACUUUUGCAAUUAUCUGAAUCAAAGCUGUGCUAUUUUUUCGGUUUUGUGUAUGAGAGGAUUUCACCAUGUUAUAUUGGUGAUGAGAGAUAAAACACAUUUACCUCUGUGCUAUAUCAUUGUAUAUGGAAAGGGGCAAUAACAAAAAAAAAACUAAUUGCAUUGUAUACUAGUAGAAUAAUGUGUGCAUAGUGAUUGAUAGGCUGUAAUUAAUAUGUGACUAAUGAAUCAUGUUAUUGUAAAAUUGAACUGUGGCAAGAUAUUGAAGUUAACUUGCACAGAUGCAGUGUAAUGUGAAAAGUCAGAAACGGAGUAGAUUAAUGUUAUGACAUUUUGUAAGGGUAUUGUUUUCCCCCUCUGUCUUUUUGUCUCCUGUGCAAACUUGUGACUUGGGCGUCUGUCCUUCAUUGUAAAUGAAUUUGAUUUGGGCUAGCUUCGUGGAAGUUGCUAUUAUGAUUGAAUAUCAUCCAGUUAGUAAUGGUCACAUGUAUGAUUUGUAAACGUUAAACUUAUGAUAAUGGUAUCCUAGGACUGUGAAUAACACGCAGGGACAAUCGAUGGUUGCACUCUACCAUGUUUUUUGGGGGUAAGUGGUGAAUAAACCAAUGAUAAUCCAUCA